AGUCAAGUUUUAACCUAGGUGGGAAGGUGAAAUAUCGUGUUCCUAGUAUUUGAUUUGGGCUCGAGUUUUCUACCUGUACCUUGAGUCUGUAGGGAUUUCCUAAUAUCUAAACCGGGUUUUCACCACCCUUAGGAAAAUGUGCACUGAUCUAAGAUUAAAUUCCACCUAGCCCAGGGAACCUUCUCUGAAAAGCAGGAAGCUGGGAAGCUCCUUGCAAGGGUUUCCUGGACCUCGGAGGAGUCAUUGCCUCUGUCAGCCUAUCCUACACAAUCUCUGUUUUUGGAUGCAGGGUUGCUGUUUCUACAGUCUUUUUGACAGGUUUCUGGUUUGACUCACAAUAGAUUGAUCCACUCUCCCAUGAUGGAUUGUGUGUGUAGGGUACGUGUUAUGCUAUGUUGCUGCCCUUCAGUCAAUUCUUUGGGCGGGGGAGUGUUGAGAGUGACCCUGUGAAGCCAGAAACUGUCACUGCGUAGCAAGAUGUCCAGGGACCAGGAUCCCUCCCCAGUUCUGCCUUUCUCAGGUCCUCCUCCUCCUCCCAGGCCUCCUCUGGAGGGAAAGGGGGAAGGGCUAUGCAAAUGAGCACCCCUUUCUUAUAUAGGGGCUUGUCCUUUGCCCCAGUGCCUUUGGUUGCUGGAAGGAAGAAUACCAUGGAUCUGGUGCUCAGAAAAUGCCUUCUCCAUGUGGCUGUGAUGGGUGCCUUUCUGGCUGUGGGGGCCACAGAAGGGCCCAGAGGCAGGGACUGGCUUGGUGUCUCAAGGCAGCUCAGAACUAAAGCAUGGAACAGUCAGCUAUAUCCAGAGUGGACAGAAAUCCGGGCACCUGACUGCUGGAGAGGUGGCCGGGUAUCGCUGAAGGUCAGCAAUGAUGGGCCUACACUGAUUGGGGCAAAUGCCUCUUUCUCUAUUGCCCUGCACUUUCCUAAAAGCCAAAAGGUGCUGCCAGAUGGACAGGUCAUCUGGGCCAACAACACUAUCAUCAAUGGGAGUCAGGUGUGGGGAGGACAGCCGGUGUAUCCUCAGGAACCCAAUGCUACCUGCAUCUUCCCUGAUGGGGCGGCCUGCCCACCUGGCCCUUCGUCUCAGAGGAGGAGCUUCGUUUAUGUCUGGAAGGCCUGGGGCCAGUACUGGCAAGUUCUGGGGGGCCCUGUGUCUGGACUGAGCAUUGGGACAGGCAAGGCAGUGCUGGGCACACACACCAUGGAAGUGACUGUCUACCACCGCCGGGGGUCCCAGAGCUACGUGCCCCUGGCUCACUCUCGCUCAGCCUUCACCGUUACUGACCAGGUGCCCUUCUCCGUGAGUGUGUCUCAGCUGCAGGCCUUGGACCGAGGGAACAAGCGCUUCCUGAGAAAGCAACCUCUGACCUUUGCCCUCCAGCUCCAUGACCCCAGUGGCUAUUUGGCUGGGGCUGACCUCUCCUACACCUGGGACUUUGGAGACAACACUGGGACCUUGAUCUCUCGGGCACUCGUGGUCACUCACACUUACCUAGAGUCUGGCCCUGUCACCGCCCAAGUGGUGCUGCAGGCUGCCAUUCCCCUCACCUCCUGUGGCUCCUCCCCGGUUCCAGGCACCACAGAUGGGCCUGUGCCAACUGCAGAGACCCCUGGCACCACAGCCAAGCAAGUGCCUACCACAGAAGUUGUAGGUACUACACCUGGUCAGAUGCCAACUGCAGAGCCCUCUGGAACCACAGCUGUGCAAGUGCCAACUGCAGAGGGCAUGGGUACUACACCUGAUCAGGCACCAACCUCAGAAGUCAGGGGUACCACACCUGCAGUAAUGCCAACUGUAGAGCCCUCUGGAACCACAGUUGCACAGGUAACAACUACAGAGUUGGUGGAGACCACAGCUGGAGAGGUACCAACCCCUGAGCCUGAGAGUCCAGAUGUCAGCCCAUUCAUGCCUACAGAAGGUCUGACAGGUUCCCAGAGCCCCCUGCUGGAUGGCACAGCCACCUUAAUCCUGGUGAAGCGACAAGUCCCCCUGGAUUGUGUUUUGUAUCGCUACGGCUCCUUUUCUCUCACCCUGGACAUUGUCCAGGGUAUUGAGAGUGCUGAGAUCCUGCAGGCUGUGCCAUCCAGUGAAGGGGAUGCAUUUGAGCUGACUGUGUCUUGCCAAGGCGGACUACCCAAGGAAGCCUGUAUGGACAUCUCAUCACCAGGGUGCCAGCCCCCCGCCCAGCGGCUGUGUCAGCCCGUGUCACCCAGCCCAGCCUGCCAGCUGGUUCUGCACCAGGUGCUGAAGGGCGGCUCAGGGACCUACUGCCUCAAUGUGUCUCUGGCUGACACCAACAGCUUGGCAAUGGUCAGCACCCAGCUUGUCAUGCCUGGUCAAGAAUCAGGCCUUGGGCAGGCUCCCCUGUUCGUGGGCAUCUUGUUGGUAUUGAUAGCUCUGCUACUUGCAUCUCUGAUAUACAGGCGCAGACUUAUGAAGCAGGACUCGGCCCUCCCCCUCCCCCAGCUGCCGCAUGGUAGAUCACCCUGGCUGCGUCUGCCCUGGGGCUUCCGCUCUUGCCCCGUUGGUGAGAACAGCCCCCUCCUCAGUGGGCAGCAGGUCUGAGUAGGCUCACGUGCUGUCAUGCUUUACCCAGGUGGACAGCAAUGUCCAUCUUUUCUCCCAUCUUCCCAUGGGGAUUACCAUUGCCUGAAAUAAAUACUCAGAACCUUGUGCUGUU